AUGGCACCCCUCACCCCCCAUUGGACCCAGCCGUCCCACGCGGACGUCCAGGAGGUCGUCAAGGCCAGUGAGACCGAGUUCCUCACCAAGAGCUUCUCCAAGGUCUCGCUGCCGCCCUUUGCCGUCUUCGCCAAGAUGUCAUUCCCCCCCUGCGACCUGGCCGACGAGCCCACAUACGCCACCGUCCAGUGCGGGAAGGACAGGCACCUGAACCUCAACAGCGACCUGCUGUACAUCAACCACUCCUGCGAACCGUCCCUCAUAUUUGAUACGGGCAACUUCAACAUCCUGGCUGGCCCGCAAGGGCUCCGGCCCGGCGACGAGCUGACCUUCUUCUACCCCUCGACCGAGUGGCACAUGGCCCAGCCCUUCGACUGCUUCUGCGGCACCCCUUCGUGCCGCGGAACCAUCGCCGGCGCCCGUGACAUGCCCCGCGCCCAGCUCGAGGGCCUCUGGCUCAACGGCCACAUCCGCGAGCUCCUCGAGGAGCGCGACGCCGGCGGCAGCAACCGCGACUGCGACGACGACCCAACGGCCCAGGCACUAAGAGAUGCCCUGAAGGCCGCCGAGCGCGUCGUCGAGUCCGCCCGCUCCGCCCUCCGGACCUACACC